AUGUCUGAAGAUCCCUUGUCCAACUUCAGCUGCCUAGACGAACUCACGCAAGUCAUCUACCAGAGCAUUUACAAGUUCGUCGUACUCUCCACCGUCUCAAACAACAAAUGGAACAUCCACGUGGGGCUCGCGGGACGCGAGGGGCGGUGGUGGCGCGGGUGCUGGACAGAGGACGACAUCCGUCAGAUAUUUGGCUCGAAAUCGUCGGACAAACUACUCGAAUCCUUCGCCGAGAAGCUUGCCGAGGUCUUCAUUCAAGGAGAGCUGUGUAUAAGUGAAUGGAGCGCCGAGAAAGGUGCGAAAAUCAAGUUCACUCUUGGUCCGGCGUCCAAGAAGCCUAUGCACGUCGAUCUAGUUGAAAUGUCGCCCGAAGAGGGAGCUGCAUUCGCGACUGGCAUAUUUAUUGAUAUUGCGCUGCAGGCACAGUCGAGGAAGUGCCGGUUGUAUCCUUCGUCUUCCACGGAGUAUCCGGCUGUGUCAGAGACGUUUGCAACGACGAGCCGGACUACAUCACAUAGUGUGGCAGGCCCUUCCAAGCGUAAAGAGCCAAGUCCUGAACCGGAGCGGCCUAGCAAACGGCCUGAGGCUUCUGUGUCUGUUAAUAAAGAGACCAAGAAGUCGUCGGAAGUCGAAGCUGCUCAGGCAGAAAUUAAAGCUCUGAAGUCGCAGUUGCAGGCCUCGAAGAGAGGUCCAUCUCCAGCACAAAAACCUGCUCCUGCUCCGGUGAGACACCACAAAGGCGCCUCUCUUGCAAACCCAAACAAAAAGGCGCGAAAGUACCAAGCCAUUGAAUUCGGAAGUGACGAUGACUGA